CGAGUACGAACAAGCUGCUCGCAGUUUAAACGAAUUUCGAUAUUCACAAAAUAUCCCAUAUUUCUCCUCCGCGAUCGAUUUUCCAUUUCUUUAGGCGGCGCUGUGGAUUUAGGGCCCAACUUCUCACCAACGUCGCUUAACUUUAAGCUCAGCUCGUCCUUUGUCUCUCACCAACCGUUCCCUUAGGCCCAAUUUCACCAAACGCCACUUAACUUUGGAUCUUACAAUUUAAUUCUGGUUUCUCUCUUUUUAACAAGUUUAGUCGACCUUAACUGGCACUUGUUUAAUAAAUUAAAAAUAUACAGUGCGACGUUUCGACCGAGGGUUUAGGUCCUUAUCAAGCACUCAUUCUUAAAAAGUGACACUCCCGGCCAUGGUAGACAUAUAUUUUAUCUCGUGCCGUUAAUUUUAUAACCACGACUCAACUCUGUUAUAAUUUUUUACCGUUCAAUUUCAUAUUACAAUGACUCGAUUAACUUUUGCCACCAAUGUGAGCCACAAAUGAACAGAAAACGGUUCUCGCAAAUUAGAGACCAAAUUUCUCUUUAAUAAACGUUUCGACCCUCCUUCGGGUCUUCCUCAGUAAAACUACAAUAAAACAAUCGAGAAUACAGGAUGUGAGCGCAAUACUUUUGAUACAGAUUGGUAGAAUAAUAGUAAUCAGUUACCCCGGUUAAAUCGACUAAAGCGUAUCUUAAGGGAUCAGAGUGGUAAUGUGAUUUGAGAAUCAUUCCUCUAUCAGCGAUAGAGGAGAGAUUAUCGCGUCUCUUUUUAAAGUAAACAGUUGAAAAGGGACAAAGUACGAAUUAAGCCAAGCUCGAAGUUGAACAACGUUGGCGAAACCGGGCCUCAGAAAGGGACGCUAAAUUACACCAAGAUUAAAGUUAAGCGACGUUGGUGAAACUGGGCCUUGGAAAUCGCACGGGAGAGACGUCGAUCCUUUUGUUUAAGGGACCGUACGAGGUGCUUUUUCCAUUUCCUCUCUCGUCGGCUGAAUUGACGCGCGUCUCUCCCCGAGGUGCGCGGCUUUUCCCGACGCCCUCGCGACUCCCCCGAGAUCAUUGUGCAUCUCCGCGUGCCCCGCUCGCGUGCCUCCGAGCCUCCCGCGAUUGGUCGGGCCUCGUAAUUCUAUGCGGUGCAUCUGGUACAGCAGAUGUGGCGCGUCCACGCGUAGUCGAAGCCUCGUCCCGCGACGAUCCGGUCGCGACCCGGGGAUUCCUCGUCCGAUCGCCGCGCAAAUUCGCGAGGGUUCGGCCGCCCAGGUACGGGGAGCGCCCUACGAGGGAAAACUCAAAACAAGCAACAUGGCGGACCCGAGCAACGAGCCCGCAUCGUCGAGCGGUGUCGCGGAGCAGGUAGCCGCGACGGCGGCGGCCGUCGCGGCCCCGUUGCGCGAGGAGCACGACAAGCCCGAGGACUUCCACGAGCCCGACAAGAAGCGGCGCCGGACGGCGCGCGCCGACGACGCCGCGAAGACCGAGCAGAAGUUGGAGCACCGUCUGGGCGGCAUCCUCUGCUGCGCAGUAUGCCUCGAUCUGCCUCGCGCGGCCGUCUAUCAGUGUGCUAAUGGACACUUGAUGUGUGCUGGUUGCUUCACUCAUGUCCUCGCAGAUGCCAGGCUGCGGGACGAGAUGGCAACGUGUCCCAACUGCAGAAUCGAAAUCAGCAAAACCACCGCGUCACGAAAUCUGGCAGUUGAAAAAGCCGUGUCCGAGUUACCCGCCGAAUGUCAAUAUUGCGCGAAGGAGUUCCCGCGAAAUUCCUUAGAGCACCACGAGGAGGCUAUGUGCGAGGAAAGGAUAUCUAGUUGCAAAUAUAGUAGAAUCGGUUGUCCGUGGCGAGGCCCGAAUCACGAGAUCCCGGAGCACGAGGGCCACUGCGCUCAUCCUCAUCGUACGGGCGCGGACGUGAUGGAGGCUUUGCGCGAGAUUGACGCCCGCACCUUGGAAGAACGUAGGCUCUAUGACAAUGUCUUUGAUCUUUUGUCCUACGAGAAAAUCACGUUCAACGACUUACAGAUGAAGCCGUAUCGUACUGACGAGUUUAUUCAUAAACUAUUUUACGAAACCUCACGAUUUGGUGCUUUCAACAACCAAUGGGUGGUCAAGGCCAGGAUCAACAGUAAUCAACGCGAUCCUACUCAAAGUUCAGAGCGAGACAUAACUUACCAACUGAUACUAAAGACAAAAACCACUUAUCCGCUACCAGUUUAUUACUUGAUCUUGAAAGGCCCGUUUGGCGAUAUGAAAGUCCACCCGAGAAUUCACAGAUUCGAGUUCACCGAGCAGGAAAACGAGAGUCCGUAUUUUACUUUGCCGCUACCGGACACGGCGGAGUGCAAUAGACUUCUCGCUGCUAAGGCCAUCAGUUUUAGACUAAUAAUGUUCCUGGCGUCUAAGUAGCUUACAACGAUAAUAUCUAUUGUCAAGAUUUUGUCACAAAUGGAGUCGAUCGACGUGACCUUCUAGAUGUAAUGACAAAUAAAAGUAUAGAGAUCACAGAGAUUUAUAAUCGUUUACAGUAGCGAUAUUGAUCAUGGUAAUGAUAACGCUAACGAAAAGAGAAGGAGAAGCUGAUAUCAUUGUAAUGUGUAAAAGUACAUGUUGACCGAGAUACAUAUGUAUAAAAUUAAUACGACGCGACAUCUGUCUCCGCAAGGAGCACGAUACUAUAAAAGUAUUGGAAAAAUUAGGUUGAAUUAUAUUUCUCUUUUACAUCAAACUUUUACAUUAAAAAACAGGAAAAAAAAGAAGCUAAAGACUAGACAGUAGUUUAUGUAGAUUAUUGUUAGAUGAUAAAUUAUUGUAUUAUUGUACCAAUUGUGCAAUGUGCUUGUACCCCCAAGGUCAAGCUAAAUGAUCAGUAUCGCUUAGAUAAUAUUAAUUUAAUACACACAUACCCCUGUCCACGAAGAGCCUAUCGUUUCUUCUUUUAUUUAAAUGAAUAAAACGCUAUCGAUGUAAAAUUCCGAAUAAAAGUUGUAAUUGUAA